UGAUAAAGUGGAUCAUUCCGUGCCGUGAAUGGAGUUCCGUGAUUCUUUAUUUCUGUAAUACUAAAGUAUAGGCGACAGUCAACGCUCGGUUACACAAAUAUACGCAAAAAAACCCCCGAUUAAUUCAACUCCAUUUCAUUUGUGUGGCGCCAAACAGUUCCCACAAUGAGCAAAGCACGCGUGGAGUGAACCUGUUGAAAACAGCGUAGAGCCUGCUGAGUACCAGAGAACACACACGACCAACACGGAGCAGGAAGAGGAAGAGGAGGAGGAGGAGGCCACACUUCUCGCGGUGUGUUAAUCUGUGUUAAUCUGAGAGCUGGGCAGAGGAGCAGCAGCAGGUGGUGGAGGGAAAGUGAAGGGAAGCCGCUAUAAACAGACACGAGGAGAUCUGAACUCUGAUCAGAGCAUCAUGUCUGGGUUGACGGGGAAAGUCCAGACGGUCCUGGGCCUGCUGGACCCCGACCAGCUGGGCCGCACCAUGACCCACGAGCACCUGACCAUGAGCUUCGAGUGCUGCUACUUCCCCCCUCCCCCGGGUGACGAGGCGGUGGCCGAGGACCCGUUCCACAUGCGGCACAUGCACUGGCUGAGACAGAACCCCUACAGCUGCCACGAGAACCUGCUCCUGCAGCAGGAGGCCGGCGCCGUGCAUGACGAGCUGCUGGCCUACAAGAAGGCCGGCGGGGGCACGAUAGUGGAGAACACCACCAGGGGCAUCGACCGGGACCUGCCCACUCUCCGGCAGCUGGCCCGAGACACCGGGGUCCACGUCGUCGCGGGGGCAGGGUACUAUGUGGACUGCACCCACUCCGAGGCCACGAAGAAAAUGAGUGUGGAGAAGCUCACGGACAUCAUCGUCGGCGAGGUGCUUCACGGCGCAGAUGGCACGGACAUCCGCUGCGGUGUGAUAGGAGAGAUCGGCACCGGCUGGCCCAUCACGGAGAGCGAAAAGAAGGUGCUGAGGGCCACGGCUCACGCUCAGACUCAGCUGGGCUGCCCCGUCAUCAUCCACCCCGGCAGGAAUCCCGCCGCUCCGGCUGAGGUCCUCCGGAUUCUGCAGGAGGUCGGCUGUGACAUCGGCAAAACUGUCAUGUCUCACCUGGACAGGACCAUAUUUGAUGAGGCUGAACUGCUGGAGUUUGCUAAACUGGGGAGUUACCUGGAGUACGAUCUGUUUGGAACCGAGAUGCUGGACUACCCGUAUAACCUGGAGGUGGACAUGCCCAGUGACAGCCAGAGAGUCAAGGCCUUGGCGUUGCUGGUGAAGGAGGGCUACGAGGACAAGAUCGUGGUCGCACACGACAUCCACACCAAGAACCGCUUGACCAAGUACGGCGGCCACGGCUACUCGCACAUCCUGAAGAACAUCGUGCCGAAGAUGCUCACGAGGGGCAUCUCGCAGCACCAGGUGGACAAGAUUCUCAUCGACAACCCAAAACGCUGGCUGACCUUCAAAUAAUGUGUAUAAAGGAGACCCAAGACAGGAAUUUGAAUGUGCCGAUUAUUUUAUCUUCAGAUAAUGACUGAACAACCCACAAUGGAUAUUUGCAUUAUGGCUUUGCCAUAUCACGCAGACCAAGGUGAUGCCUAAAUGUGGCUUUGGACCCUUAAACCAAUAACGGCUUUUUGGCUAAUCACUAAUGUGUCCUAAAUUUGUCGGCAAAGCAAAAAAUUAUAAUUAUAAUAAAACAGCUGAUUGAUUUUUAUAGAGCCCCUUAUUAUGUAUUAAAUUAAAUUUAUAUUGUGACUAUACAGUAUUCACUUUCUGAUCAAAUUAAAUAACGGAGCCUUUGCAGGAGUCACAGUUUCUCUGAUGAGCAGUGUUGUUUUGGUCCCGUCUCUGCCACAGAAAACAGCUUUAUCUUGUCUGCAGGAAUGCAACAAUUUAUUCCCUUUUUUUUCUGCUGAGGGUAUCGUCUGCGAAGGUGCUCACAUACAGUAUAUGGUGCUAAUAGACGUUUAAUUUUCAAUGUUUUGCCGCCGCAGCGCCUUUCUCCAUAUUUGCGAGUGACAUUUCUGCAAACACGUUUUUUUUUUUUUUAUGGAAGGUAAAUAACGAGCGCGUUGGUUAAUCAGUAUGCUGCUCGGCUCCCGACACAAUGUGGCUCUGUGUUAGAUGAGUUGUCCUGUCGCCCCUCAGUGGGUGUCUGGGUGUCUAUGGGAGGCCGACUGUCUGGCAGGCCCAGAUGAAGGACAUGUUCUCCUCUCACCUGGAAACAGGUGGCCUCGCAGGGUGACUUCGCCACAUGAUCAAUGGCGCGAUCGCAACAUCCGACUGUGUGCGCCAUGAAAAACUAUAUAACUUUUGAUUAAUCUUCUCCGGAGAGGAUUACAAAGUGAGCCAGAGGAUUUCAUUUUACAAUAUAUUUAACAUUGUAGCUGACAGUCUUAUCUGGGGAGGGGGCUUAACAGUCAGCCGGCAGAUCGAUGGACAUUUUUUGGGCUCGAGGAAAAGAUUUCUGUCCGUCUGACUGUCCAGCUUUGCGGCGGUGACUAACUACCAGACCUCCCCCUGUUGUCCCAACCAGCUGUCAUAUCUAGACAGACAAGAAAAAUGAGUUACGCUGAUCAUUUUUGAAACACUGCUUCAAUGUGAACAUCAGAAAGGCCCUUUACAGAUUUCAAUCUCUUCAAAUAUCUUUAUGCUUCUCAAGAGUUAAAAUGUGGAUUUGUAUAAUCAUGCAUCACUACAAAUUUUAAUAUUUUCACCCAAAAUGCAAAAACUAUCACAUAUUUGUGAAAAAAUAAAGCACACGUGUGGACGAACAA